GCUGGAUUCAUCAUAGUUUUCACAAUUGUGCAAUCGUUUUUAUAGCUGUUGGGAAACAGAUGUGGGAAAUUACUUUGGGUACUUCUCGAUAUUUCCACGGCUAGUUUUGUAUUUAAAACCAAAACUCAACAAUUGGCUCGUUAGUUUUGAUUUGGAAUUUAAAUUGAAAUGAAGCUCUACCCGUUGCUGAUAUGUGUCGCACUAUUUGUGGGCAACAUUGAGGGCUAUGCCAAAAAGACGCCCAAAUGUGUCGGGCAACCAAUUAAAGACGUUUGCAACCUGCGCAGAGAUCUGGGUCACAAUAAGUACAUCUGGUGCAAAGAGUACGCCAUGGCUGAAAUGUGGUACUACAAUAUGAUCCACAACACCUGCAAUAAGAUGAUCUAUAUGGGCUGCGGAGGCAACUUUAAUCGCUUUUGCUCUGAGGCCGACUGUGCUAAAAAGUGCAUAACAACAAAGAAACACGGGUAAAUCUUUCGGAAAUUACAAAUUUAAAAGUUAACUAUUGGCAAACCCUAAAGUAAACUCUUAAUCUAUCCUACUACUCUGUGAAGGCCUAUUUUUGUUUAAGAUGAUUGUCAAAUUGGUAUACAAGAAAUAA